UUGUCAUUCAUUGUAGCAGUAACUUCGUCCGGCUAUUUAUUUCCUAAUUUGUUUCGUAAUAAUUUUAAACAACGUUAUUAAAUUAAAUUAAAAAAAUAUUGUAGUUAUAAAUCAAGUUCUGUAUAGUUCAAAACAAAAAAUGGCAGGAGCUGGACAAAAUGCUAAGAGAUUACUUCGGCUGGUCGCUGAUAAAACUACCGGCUCAGUAAGAAGUUAUGGUACUGCUAAACGGGUUGUUGCGGCAAACCCUGUUGUUGAAAUGGACGGGGAUGAAAUGACCCGUAUUAUCUGGGAGAAAAUUAAAGAAAAAUUGAUUUUCCCAUAUGUAAAGCUGGACUGUCUGUACUUCGACCUGGGUCUCCCGCACCGCGACGCCACGGACGACCAGGUGACGAUAGACGCCGCUCACGCCAUACUCAAACACAACGUGGGCAUCAAGUGCGCCACCAUCACGCCUGAUGAGCAGAGAGUGGAAGAAUUCAAGCUGAAGAAAAUGUGGCUGAGUCCGAACGGCACGAUCCGUAAUAUCCUAGGCGGCACCGUGUUCCGUGAGCCCAUCCUGUGCAAGAGCAUCCCGCGCGUGGUGCCCGGCUGGACCAACGCCAUCGUCAUCGGCCGUCACGCGCACGGCGACCAGUACAAAGCACAGGACUUCGUUGUGUCCAAGCCGGGCAAGGUUGAAAUGGUUUACACGGCGGCAGACGGUUCCGUGGAGACGAAGCUGCUGUACGACUUCAAGGUGCCCGGCGUCGCCAUGGGCAUGUACAACACCGACGAGUCCAUCAGGGCCUUCGCGCACUCCAGCUUCCAGGUUGCAUUACAAAAGAAAUGGCCACUGUACCUGUCGACAAAGAACACAAUCCUGAAACGUUACGACGGACGUUUCAAAGACAUCUUCCAAGAAAUCUACGACAGCGAGUACAAGGGCAAGUUCGAGGCGGCGAAGAUCUGGUACGAGCACCGUCUGAUCGACGACAUGGUGGCGCAGGCCAUCAAGGGCACCGGCGGCUUCGUGUGGGCCUGCAAGAACUACGACGGUGAUGUACAGUCUGACGUCGUUGCGCAGGGCUACGGUUCUCUCGGCAUGAUGACGUCUGUGCUGAUGUGUCCCGACGGCCGCACGGUGGAGUCGGAGGCGGCGCACGGCACCGUCACGCGCCACUACCGCCAGCACCAGAAGGGGCAGCCCACCUCCACCAACCCCGUAGCCUCUAUAUACGCCUGGACCCGCGGCCUCGCUCAUCGCGCCAAGCUCGAUAACACACCCGAGUUGGAACGCUUCGCCAACGCGCUUGAGGAGGCGUGCGUUGAAUGUAUCGACGGCGGCAAAAUGACCAAGGAUCUUGUGAUCUGCAUUCACGGCCUGGCUAACACCAAGGAGGGCAUGUAUUUGAACACUGAGGACUUCCUACAAGCGAUCGCCGAUCAACUCGAACGCAAACUUGCCAAGUAAACAAAUGUAGUUGCCCUUACACCAUUCCUGUAAUUAUUAGUGUGUUAAACACGACUGCUUCUUGCACAAAUACUCUGUGGAUACCACCAGCUUAUGUAGUUAUAAGAUUAUAGAUGAAUGUAGUCCAAAGGUGCUAAAUGCCUUAAUUUUUUAGUAAUUUCUAAGGAGGAAGAUGUUUAGAAUAAGUCAACUUUACGCAUAAGUAUCGUCACAAUAUAAUUGAAGACGUGAGUGGAAGAACCAAAUAACUAACAUUUUGUAACAAAAGUACAAUUACUAAUUUUUUUCCUUAUAAUU